AUGAGCGUCAAGACAUUUUAUAGAAGGUUCCAUGGGACUUUGAACCUAUCAUCGAUUUUACCCAAGAAAUCAUUAGUAUCCAAGAAACCAAGUAAGGAUAUUCAUCCCAAACAUCCUGUAAGGACUAGAUUCGCUCCUUCGCCCACCGGUCUGCUUCACAUGGGGUCUUUAAGAACAGCGCUCUACAACUACCUUUUGGCUAAAAACACCGGAGGUCAAUUUAUAUUGAGGUUGGAGGACACUGAUCAGAGUAGGCUUGUAGAAGGCGCAGAGGAGAAUAUUUACGAUUCUUUAAGAUGGUGCAAAUUGCAUUACGAUGAGGGACCCAUGGUUGGCGGGCCAUUCGGACCAUAUAGACAGAGUGAGAGGACCGAGAUAUAUCGUUCAUACAUUGGCACACUAUUGGAAUCAGGACAUGCCUACAGGUGCUUUUGCCCCAAGGAGAGGUUAGAGGAUCUGAGGGAGAGUGCUAGAAAAUUACAACCACCAACCACUGCUAGUUAUGAUAGACAUUGUGCUCACAUGAGUCCCCAUGAAAUUAAACAGAAUUUAGACAAUGAUGUAGCUUAUACCAUUAGACUGCGUGCUCCUGAGAAGUACCCAAUCAUUCAAGAUCUGCUGCAUGGUACGCUAGACAUUCAACCGCAAGUGAACGCCAACGAUGUGAGAUACGAUGACCCCAUUCUAGUGAAGUCGGAUAAUUUACCCACUUACCAUUUUGCCAAUGUGAUCGACGAUCAUCUCAUGGAGAUUACACACGUAAUUAGAGGGGAGGAAUGGUUGCCAUCGACUCAGAAACAUCUGGCCAUUUACAAUGCAUUUGGAUGGUCGCCUCCGCAAUUCAUUCAUAUUCCAUUAUUGACUACAACCGAAGAUAAAAAAUUGAGCAAACGAAAGGGAGAUUCAUCAGUCAUAAAUUUAAAGAGGAAAGGUAUAUUACCUGAGGCCCUGGUUAAUUUCUCUGUGUUAUUCGGAUGGUCACCACCGAGAGAUUUGGCAGCAGCUAGCCAUGAAUGUCUUUCAUUAGAACAGUUCGAACAGGUCUUUAAUUUGAACUAUUUGACCAAAGGUAACGCAAAAGUUGAUGAAAAGAAACUGUGGUUUUUCAAUAAACAUUAUUUGCAAUUACAACUAGAAUCACAAUUACCACAGGUUGCCGAGCAAGUGAUACCGUUGGUACAAUCGAAAUAUGGUUCUAACCUGGCAACCGACGACAAGGUGACCACAAUUUUACAGAAAUGUGGUAAGGCACUCACGACCAUUUACGAAUUCAACGAUACGUUUUCCUAUUUCUUUGAAAGACCAAAUUACGAUCAGAUUGACUCUGUUCAAGAGUAUUUGGCUGCUCAUGACUUGCAGCAAGCGUGGUACAUCCUACAAGGAUUUCAAGAUAGCUUAGAUGCUACGAAUGCUGAAAAAUUGAUUAAACAGACUGCAGAGAAAAUGUCUAUUUCCAAGAGACCAAUUUUCGAAUGCCUAAGGUUCGCGCUCGCCGGCUCUAAACCUGGCGCUAAGAUACCUGUCCUUGUAGACGUACUGGGACUAGAGGAAACGCACAGGAGACUGGAUGAAGCUUGUAAAUACUUGGAGAACCGCUUAUAG